GUAGUCAAUUGAAACAGUCUCAAAGUUUAUAUAGUUAAGACAAUACUCAGAUAUUUCUGUGCAUUUUCCUAUUUUUUCUGUCUGUUUAAUGAACAAAAAUGUAUUUUAUGCUCAAAUAAAUGUAACCCAACUUAAAAGAAAAAUGCUGAGUGUAUUUUUAAUACAGUUCUGGUGAUUUUCUGUCGUGGAACGCCAUCAUGGUCACAAACUCAAAGGAGAAAGAAGAUUUGAAAAGGUCUUUGAAACUUUGAGCUAAAAUGUAUGUUUAGGAAUGUUGAAAAGUAAUCAGCAGUUUCCAUUUAUCCUGAUGACCCAGAGGUGAAAUGAUGAGUUAAUUAUUUAUGAGCUUAAAACAAAUUUGAACCUUUAUAGUCAUUUUAAGUGAGAGACAGAUUGUAAGAUGAUGUCAUCUUCUCAAAUCUGUGACUUUGCUGUUUUUUUCCAUUUAUGUAGCAGGAAGACUUCAUGUUAUUUGGUUGAUUUUCUGUCAUGUAACUGACCAGACGAUCAUUGAUUAAUGCAAAAAACCCAAAAACAUUCACCAGCUACAACAGUACAACACAUUCAUUUUUGUGAUAUUGCAUAAUGGUGCUAACAGGAUAACACACCCAGAUCUUUUCAUUUAUUAGAUAUGCGAUGGCAGUUGUGUGUUGUGCAGUUUAUUGUGUUUGCUGCAGUGGCCAUCCUCAUCUCCCUCUGCUGAACAAGGGUGGUGGAGGGGCGGGAUGGGGAUUAUAUCUCGAUCCGUUUGCAAGGCUCACACCAAACAAUCAACCAUUGGACAUAAUCCUCUGACACACCCGUACACACCCGGAGUUACACACACAUACACACACAUGCACGCACAGAUGGUUCCUUAAAAUAAAAUACAGCGUAUAUUUGUAACAUCCACACACAGAAAAUCUUUACGUGGAUACACUAUUUGAAUGCGAAUGUUUGUAAAUUUGAAUGCGAACCUUGAUUGAAAGAACAAAAUAAUUAUUGAUGGGAAUUUAGUCUGUGUAGAAAGCACCAGUGAAUCAGGUGAUUUAGCAGGAGACGCGUACCUUUGAUCGGUUUACAUGCCGUCACACAGUGAUCCCAUCUGGAUGCAGAAGUUCUCUUAUAGUUCAUGUUCGUUGCAUUAAAAAGUUGAGCCUCUCCUACAGUUUAUAUAUCAAAGUUGCGUAGAAGCGAAGGUGACAUUCUCACAUUUACUCACUUAAAAACCAAGAGAAGUUCACUUUACAACAAUAGUUUGCGUGACUACAACAACUUUAUCAUGUCAAAUGGCCAAAUCGAUUAUUCACGGUCCUUUGUUGCUCACUUCAGAUUUUAACAUGUACAUUUUUGUUGUGUAUAUCUAGUGGCAGCCAUGUUUGUAUGUUGAGUUUUAGAAGAAAUCAAAAAGCUUGUACGCGGUGAACGUUAAGCUCGGGGAGUUAGAGCUGCAUCUGUUUGAUCUUUUGGAUCAACGUCUGUGAUCGAACGGUCGGAUUAUUUAUGUGGAAGACUAUGGGUGGAAAUGAGGAGGGGGGUUGACGAGCCUGCGACAGAAACUGAGGUAGUUCUCUCGAGCUGUACGCGCACCUUUUUAUCUACAGCUGCUUGGGCUCAUUUACAGUAAUCAGAGCUCGCUCUUUGGGGAGAUUAACUCAUUCUGGCGUGGUGACCCGUCGCCCUGGAAGCCAUGACGAUUAAGAAGAUGUGUCGUAAGUGCAUGACCGCAUGUGAAGACCGAUUGUGAUGGUUGUCACGCGCUGCGCAGGUCAUCAUCACACAUCAGAUGGAUGACCGCAGUGUUUACGCUGAGGGAACUCAUGUUUAUCCAGUCGCCAUUACUCUGAAAGUCACUGUGGGAGGCUUUCUGUCUGGUGUCUGUAUUUCGCAAAGAGGGCAUGUAAACAGCAAUGCUAUCACUACUGUACCAGCAGGGUUUAGUGCUUCUUUUAUUUUUUUAUUUCUGCUCUGGCUUCACUCGCUUUGAAGUCCCUCUUCCUUUACCGCUGUGUUUCAGCACUUAUCACUAACAUGUGUUUCCAGAGCUCUUGCAAAGAUUUAAAGUUGUUCUCUCUUCAAAGGAAUAUGCGCCCAUGUCUGCAGCCUACCUGGCAGACUGGUAAUACCUGUGUCAUGUUGCUCUGAAAUCCUGGAUUACUGUAAGCUGGCUGACCAAACUGAAUUCACUGACUUGAAUUCUUGCAUUUUAUUCGUGAUGUAACAGAAAUUCCAUGUGGUGCAUGGCCUUCGCUCUGUAUUCUGUUUAGGGCUUUUCAGGCAAGACUUUAGAAAGUUAAGGAGUCAAAUUUAAUCUUCCCAAACUGUAAAUGGUCUCAGUUUUCCUCUGUUGAAAAGCAGCAGGUCAGCCCAACAAGAGUUGCUUCCUAGAGGCCAGAUACAUUUUGUCUUGAGGCAGCGCUGACAUUUCCUGGAGCAGGAAAUCUCUCUGUUGGGGAAGGAAGACAGAUUUGCAGCACCGCAUCAGGUCCUUGAGGAUGUCUUUGCAGCUUACACUCAUCACUGCCGCUCUCAUCUCAGGAUACAUGCUGUUGAUUAGUUUUUUCAAGGUCUCUUAUCAGGAAAGGAGAGGAUGAGAGAUAUUGUUAUUCUCAUAGUAUUAGUCUUUUUCACAUUCAGCAGGAUUUUUGGUUUUUCUUGUCUGUUUAAAAAGUAAACUUUACUCAUUCAUUUUCUUCGCAGUAGCCCCUUUUGUAGGCUGGUCACAUCUCAGUUUGAAACUUUUACUUUUUUGGGCUCAAUUUUUUCCGCCUACUGUGGUCAUUUAAAUCCACACAAGGAGCGGACAGUUGUCGUAAACACUGAUGAAAAGACAGGAUGACAAACCAGCCGACAGCCAACCAGUCCAACGCAAACAAGGAGAAGGAGAAAGAAAACCAGCGAGAUGACAACACAGAGAUUGCGUAUAAAGAUGCUGGCCAUUGUAGCCGCAACACACACAACCUGCUGCUGGGACUCACGGUUAUGGGCGUCGUCAUGGGAGCCGUUUUUGGGAUGAUGCUGCGGUACAUGCAGGUGACAGACAGCGCCGCCCUCACAAUGGUUUCCUUUCCUGGAGAAAUCCUUAUGAGGAUGCUGAAGAUGCUCAUCCUGCCUCUUAUCAUCUCCAGCCUUAUCACAGGGCUUGCUGGUCUAGACGCGCGCUCCAGUGGAAGGAUGGGUAGCCGAGCCAUGGUGUACUACAUGUCCACCACUGUAAUCGCUGCCGUCCUCGGGGUCAUCCUGGUGUUGGGGAUCCACCCAGGGAACCCUAAACUGAGGGGAGGCAACUCAUCAUCCACAUCCACGAAAAACCAGGAAGUCAGCAGUCUGGACGCUUUCCUUGACCUGAUUCGAAACCUCUUCCCAGAAAACCUGGUGCAAGCCUGCUUCCAGCAGGUUCAGACGGUGCUGAAAAAGGUGCCGGUCGCAGCACCAAACCAAACUGAGCCCAUAUUAGUGAACAGAAAAAAACUGGAAUACAAAUGGGGCAUGAACGUCCUCGGUUUAAUUGGCUUCUUCAUCACCUUUGGGAUCUGCAUGGGCCGGAUGGGCGAGCGUGGGAAGGUCAUGUGUGACUUCUUCAACAUCCUCAAUGAAAUUAUCAUGACGAUGGUGUCCAUGAUCAUGUGGUACUCUCCUGUCGGCAUCGCCUCUCUGAUUGCGGGAAAGAUCGCAGCUAUCGGGGACCUGGAGGUGGUAGCCAGGCAGCUGGGCAUGUACAUGGUGACUGUCAUUGUGGGUCUGGUGAUCCACGGGGGCUUGAUCCUACCCGCUAUAUUCUUUGCAAUCACCAGAAAAAGCCCCUUUGCUUUCUACUCUGGGAUCUUCCAGGCAUGGAUCACAGCCUUGGGCACUGCUAGCAGCGCCGGGACAUUGCCGGUCACCUUUCGCUGCCUUGAGGAAAAUCUGAAGAUUGAUAAGCGUGUGACUCGCUUCGUGCUUCCCAUAGGUGCCACCAUUAACAUGGACGGCACUGCCUUGUACGAAGCCGUGGCCGCCAUCUUUAUUGCCCAAAUGAAUGACAUCACCCUGGACUCUGGGCAGAUCGUUACUGUCAGUAUGACCGCCACACUGGCCAGUGUUGGAGCCGCCAGUAUUCCUAGCGCUGGACUGGUAACCAUGCUACUGAUCCUGACAGCUGUCGGCCUGCCUACCCAGGACAUCAGUCUGCUGAUCGCUGUCGACUGGCUGCUUGACCGAAUGCGUACCUCCAUCAAUGUCGUUGGCGACUCAUUUGGUGCCGGGAUUGUGGAUCACUUGUCAAAGACGGAGCUCACCGAACUUGAUGCAGCCGAAAUGCAAACGCUCCCGCAAGAGGGGGAGCUCGAUUUCGUCCCUCCGCCGCCAAUCCUCACGGAGAUGGACAUGGUCGACCCUCUCAAACCGCCCGAGCUGCCUCCUCGUUCCCCUCGCCCACCCAAACAAAACCACCACAGUCACAUACUCUCCCAAUCCCACUCCAUCACUUACUCGCCAUCCCGUUCUGUCCGGUCUCCGUCACCACGCUCCAUCAGUUCUCCCUCUCCGCGUUCCGUCUGUUCCCACUCUCCCAGGCCUUUCCGUACUCAUUCCCCACGCCUCCUGCGCAGGACAGAGCCGGGAUAUUGUGUCCUGCCCAGCCAUGACAAUCAGAUUCCCACACUGCCGCGCUCCUACAGAGAGAGAGAGAGAGACCGAGAGAGAGAAAGAGACAGGGAGCGGGAGCGACUGAGGCGAGAGAGUGAAACUGAGGAGGAAGAGGAGAGGGAGAGGGUUCUGGGCGAAGUAAGUGACGGUGAGGAGAGCGAUGACACUGCUUACGAUCGAAGGCACACCAUCCCACCGUGCGACCUGCCGUGAUCAGAUUUCACCACCAGCGUGUUUCACAGUCGAUUUGUUUCCACUUUUACGACAGGUUUUAACCACUUUCAGCUUCACUCUUCAGUGGAGGUACGGAGUGGGUUGCAUUGCUAAUUUUUCCAUGCACGGAUCUUAAAAUGUCAUGAUGGCAAUGCAGUGUAAUAUUCCCAAGAAGGCCCUUAAAAACCAGGCCUGAGACUUUUGCCCUGUGGUUGGAUGCUGAAAGAGUUUCUUUUCCUCCUUAUCUUAUCUACUCCAGUCUUGAUUUAUAAUUUUUCUUCUGAAAUCCACUCAAGCCUAAAAUGUUCCCAAAUGCAUACACGUCCACUAAUUCAACUGAUGCCAGAGAAUGUGAGUCUGCUCUUGAUGAAAAAAGUCUGCUGGUGCUCUCACCAGCCUUGUAACGCACAAACAGGAAUUCGUUUUGCUCAGAUUCCCUUUGCUUCCCUUUAAGGAAGUUUUAAAAAAAUGUACUUUUAAAAGAAAAGUUUGACAUUUUGAGGACAUUUGCAGCGAGGAAAAAUGUAUUCACAGUUAAAGACUAAUAUCAUUAACUGUAAAUAUAUGUAGAACUUCAGGUAGCUUUCAGUGGAAAACGGCUGGCCUGGUUCUCUUUCAAGGUCAUAAAACAUUUACUAGCACCUUUAAAUCUCAUUAAUUAACAGGUGAUGUCUUUUUCUAACAAGUUUAACAGCUGAAUUUAAAAUGUGCACUUUUGCUGGAUGUUAAAUUUUUCACUAGAGUGACAGUUUGAUCCUUUCAAAGUCUUGCAUUGCAGGUGGUCACCAGUACUGGUGGAUUUACUUCACUUUGGAGAUAGCCAGGAUAGCUGAUUCCUACUAGUGUUUUGGCUGAGAAAACUAGCAGGUAAACUGUAGCUUUAUAAUUAGUAUACUGAUAGAAAGUACUCGUUUUAAUUCUGCUUUAUCGAUAUAGUUCCAAAUCAGAACAGUAGUCAACUCAAGGUGCUUUGAGUUGACUACGUUUGAGACCCUAUCGUAUUUUGGACCGAAAAACUCCAGAAUCAGAUGAUCCCCUUUGAACAAGCAGCCGGUUGACAGUGGGAAGGAAAAACUCUCUUCUGACAGGAAGAAAUCUCCAGCAGUGCCAGACUCAGGGAGGAAAGCCAUCUGCUGUGACUGGCUGGGAGGUUGGGGAAAAGGAAACAAAGGAGUAAAACGAGAUGCUCAUUGCAGUCUGAGCCUAUUGCAACUUAACUAACGGAUGCUCCAGGGUCACCUUGUCGGAAAUGAAAGUAGAGUUUUUCACACGUGAACUGACUGCAGCUAUGAAGCUUUUCUAGCUGUUACCAAAUGUAAAUGUGGAAAUAUAAAAAUGCAUCUCAGUCAUUUCAUUUAUUAGUCUAUAACUUGCCAGCAUGAGAA